GUUCCCCAAAAGCCGCCUCGGAAGCAGGGAGCGGGAUCGGGGUUUGGAUCAGGAUUUGGGAGCUGCAGGGAUCGGCACGGCAGGACGCGGCGGUGGAGGAGACCUCAGUGGGAAGAAAUUCUGAGUAAGAAGCAAACCAAGAAUUCGGAAAAUGAACGGAAAAUGAAACAGCUGAGGUCAUGGGACGAAAUUACUGGCUGAAAGAGGAACCUAUAAUGCCAGCACUAAACUGGAAGCCCUUUAUCUAUGGAGGUUUAGCAUCAAUCACUGCAGAAUGUGGUACUUUCCCCAUCGAUCUGACCAAAACACGUCUCCAGGUUCAAGGUCAGGUUAAUGAUGCCAAAUAUAAAGAGAUCCGCUACCGUGGAAUGAUGCAUGCACUUGUCAGAAUAUGCAGAGAAGAAGGACUGAAAGCCUUAUACUCUGGGAUUGCACCUGCAAUGCUACGGCAAGCUUCAUAUGGAACUAUAAAAAUAGGGACUUAUCAGAGCUUAAAAAGAAUGUUUGUUGAGCGUCCAGAAGAUGAAACCCUGAUGAUAAAUGUUCUGUGUGGCAUUCUUUCUGGAGUAAUCUCAUCGUCUAUUGCCAACCCUACAGAUGUCUUAAAGAUCAGAAUGCAAGCCCAAGGUAGUGUGAUUCAAGGAGGAAUGAUGGGCAACUUCAUACAGAUCUACCAAAAGGAAGGCACUAAAGGAUUAUGGAAGGGAGUAUCACUGACAGCACAGAGAGCUGCUAUUGUUGUUGGAGUGGAACUGCCUGUGUAUGACCUUAUGAAGAAGCACAUAAUUAUGUCUGGAUUUAUGGGAGACACAGUAUAUACUCACUUCCUCUCAAGUUUUGCUUGUGGAUUAGCUGGAGCCCUUGCAUCCAACCCAGUUGAUGUUGUAAGAACACGCAUGAUGAAUCAGAGAAGCCAACAUGGGGGACACUCAAGCUACAAGGGCACUUUGGAUUGCUUGUUACAAACAUGGAAGAAUGAAGGCUUUUUUGCUCUAUAUAAAGGGUUUUGGCCAAACUGGUUAAGACUUGGUCCUUGGAAUAUCAUUUUCUUCCUGACAUAUGAACAGCUGAAGAAAUUGGAUGCCUGACAUGCUGAGCUGCAUACUGAAUUCUGUUAAUGUACUGUCUGACUUUAGAGCAAUGUCCAAGUUGUCUUGUGUAUUUGCUCUUUAUUGUCUGAACUGCUGGCCAAAGGAAGAGGUCACUGCAAGACUGUUGAGUGAAAAGAACCUGUAAGUGAUUUCAAGGCAAACUGGCUCCUGUAACCAUGGCUUGUGUGAUUCAGUGGAUGAUGUGCACUAUUUUCUAGACUGAACCAAACAUGGUGGAAUACUCUCUGUCAACUGUUUCAGUGUUCUUGAAUGAGAAGAUCUGUAACACAACUUGAUGCUUUUGAGACUCAUGCACAGUUUUUUUUAUAAGAGGCAAAGAACAGGUUUUUUUCUUCUGUAUUUAUGUAAGGAAAGGAAAAAGAUUUCUGAAAAGAAAAAAUUAUUUUUCUUAGAGAUAGGCAGUACCAAGGAGCUGGGCUUUUCCUGCUUUCAAAAAUGUAUACGAUUUGAGUGUAAAAGCUUAAAGCUUCUAAUUAAUUGGAAGUGUCACAAGACAUCUUUGCAGGCUUUCAGGUCAGCAAAAUACCUACUGCAGUGCAAAAUCUGCUUCUGAUUUUGGAGCUUUUGUGUGUUCUAAAUCCUUAGAUGUCUGUGUAAUCUGCUGGGAUAAUCCAGCUUCAUUUGCAAGUGUGGUUGCUACAGUUGUCAGUUUUGCAUAGCUUGAAGAAAGUUUUUUUUUUUCCGAUGUAUCAUGAUGAUUUUCAGCAUAAGCGAUUCUUCAAGAUAUUCCUACUUGCAAUUUACAUGUGAAUAAAGUUCAAACAAGUUCAUGCCCAUCUGCUGAUCUUGCAGCGAAACUUUCCAUGCCUCUUUUGUUGGGAAGAACUACUUGUACUGGUUACUGGCUGUUACCUGUCAUCUGAAAGGUGCACCGAGCAGUUCAGGCUGUGUCAUGUAGGUGUUUAUGUGAAAAGAACUAACCCCUCCAAAGUAGAUCUACUAUAAAGACUGCUUUCCUUCUUUAAAAAGACACCCAAACCCAGAACUACUGAGUGCUUUCAUAUACCAAAGAGGCUCAAGUUGCUGUUACAUGCAGGGAAACACUUUAUGCAGAAAUCAACCACAACUUUUAUAAAACAUUACCUUUAGGCUCAAGUGUGUAUCAAAACUUCAGGCCCUUUAAAGAGUUACAUUCUUAUUAAAUGCUGCUGUUUGAUUCCAGGAAAGGGAAUGAUGAGAUGCAACUCAUAUGAUGAACCUUCUAUGUUUACAGCAGGUAGCAAAGCAAGGUGCAUAGGUUUGGAUUUUUUGUGGCAUUGUGUUAAUCUUUUACAUGUUUUUCAUAGAAUCCUGCAUUCCACUUCAAGAACUUUCAUUGUGCUUUCAAAACUAUCAUAAUCACUUAAAAUUACUAAUUUUGAAUUCACAAGUGGAUUUUUAAAUGCACAAGGCACUUUCUUUCCAAA